AUGAUAUCAUGGUUAAUAUCAUCUUCACUAACUUUAAUAAGGUUUUCUUUGAGACAUGAGUACUUUGAAAAUAAUUAUUGUUCAGAAGGAACUUGGAGUCGCCUUGCAUUAGAUCCUUUGUUAAAAAUUCUCACACGUCAAUUGAGUGCACAUAGCUUUAAGCAAUGGGGUGAAACCGGAUCUCUUGCCUCAAAAUUUCGUAAGGGAACAUAUCCUCAAAAACCAGAUUUUUGGUUUUUAAUGAAAGCUGCUGGUACAACACAAGAGAUUUUAUAUGAAGAAACAUCUGGUACCCCAUUUGCAUCCAAACCAGAUAAAAACUCUUCUGAUUUAUACAAGUUGUUUCGAUUUGGCCGAGAUUCAAAAAAUAUGAUGACUGAUCAGUUAAUCAUAAAAAAUUUUAAACAACUACAAGAUUAUGAGGAUUUAUGGAAGCAGUUGUGUGAAAUUGAAGUGUUCCUUUUUCACAUUUAUGCUCAAGAUAUACAUAAUGGAUCAACCAGGUCCCCAUUAUGUCGUGUACGUCUAAUAUUUGAUCUUGAAAUUCCAUAUGAUUUGUCUGCAGACAAAAGCCUUGUUUUGGGUUUCAUACAUAGCUUAUGGAAGAUUCAUCUAGGUUUGGAAAAGACUAUGAAAGAUAUGGAUAGCAUAUGUGAUAAGAUACAAGAACAGCAACAAGAACUUCUUGCUCAAUUAUCUAAUGUUUCUUCAAUUGUUGACACAUCAAAUCCUCACCCAUGGCUUAGAAAUAACUUUUCAAAUGAAGAAUGGAAAAAAAUUUCGGAUAAGUCAAAUUCAAAAAUAAAUGAUGUUGGCAAUGUGCAUGAACAAAAUAUCGAUUGUGGAGGUGGUUAUAUCAAGCUUUUACCUGAAGAUUUUGAUCCUUUGAAUUUUAAUGGUGAUUCAAAAUACAACAUAAUGUUUGGUCCAGAUAUUUGUGGACCUAAACUUGAUAAUAAAGAAGAAGCAAGUGGUAAUUUAGAAGAUGAUUUCGAUUUUCUUCCUCCAAAAGAAAUUAAUGAAGAUUGGGUAGAUGAUGAAUUAAUAAUAGAUCCAAAUGACACUAAACCAGAAGAUUGGAAAGACGUUCCACAAACAAUACCUGAUCCAGAUGCCGAAAAACCAGAUGAUUGGGAUUCAGAUGGUGAUUGGGAAGCACCACAUAUCUCAAAUCCCGAUUAUCAAGGUGAAUGGAAACCAAAAAUGAUAAAAAAUCCAUUAUACAAAGGCCCGUGGAAACAGCCAAAAAUCUCAAAUCCUGACUAUAAACCAGACCCAUCACUUCACGCCUACAAAACUUUAUAUGUUGGAUUUGAAUUAUGGCAAGUUAAAUCUGGUACUAUUUUUGAUAAUAUUUUGAUUACGGACGAUGUUGAAUUUGCCUCGACUUUUGCAAACCAAACAUUUGAGAAAUUCCGUGAACAAGAAAUCGAAGCGAAAGAAAAAUUGGAUUCAUCCGAGACAAUUAAGGUUUCUGAUGAUCCUGACGAAGAAGAUCUUGAUUUAGAUUCAGAUUUAACUGAUGAUAUUACUGAUAGUUUCAGUGGUAAAGAUGAUAAAAAAUUAAACGUUCAAGAUAAUCAAGAUAAUCAAGAAAUUCUUAGAGCGUGA